AUGCCCGUCUCUCAUUUGACCCUAACGGUCUCGCACCUCCCCACCUCGACAUCAUUCUUCCUCUCCUGCCUACAGCCCUUGGGCUACCAGUUCAUUGGCCGUCAUGAUGACUAUAUUGGCUUUGGACAAAACGCCGGUGAGCCGGCCGACUUCUGGAUAACAGAACAAAAGCCUGGAGUCCCAGCUGGUGCCGCACACGUUGCCUUCCCUGCUCCUUCCAAGGAUGCAGUGGGCGCAUUCUUCAUCUCCGCUUUGAAGGCUGGCGGAAAGAUCCACGGCGAACCCAAAACUCGUGAUUCGGAUUCCGGUUACUACAGCGCAGCGAUUAUCGAUUUUGACGGCAACAGCAUCGAGGCCGUCUUCCGACCCAGCAGCUCGUCGGCCAGAUCGGAAGUCAGCAGGCCGGCUCUGGCCCUGCUCGAAAACGGAUCCGUUGUCUCCAAAGCCACCAGCAAGGCCAGCUCGAUCAAGCCGGAAAGCGUUGCGCCGCCGAAAUCCGAGGCCCGGUCUCAUGUGUCGAGAGGAAUGAGCGCCGUCGACCGCUCUCCUCCCUCCGAACGAGGCGCGCCCUCGUCUUCCCCGCGAGAGAUCCAACAGACCCCGUCGCCGACGUACGUUGUUCAUCACACCACCACCCAGAAGUCCGAUGACAGCAAGGUCUCGAAAACCAUUGUCGGCACCCUGAUCGGAGCCGCUGCGGGUGCAGCAUUGGCCUAUGCCAUGACCUCCAAGGGUGACUCCGAGUCGUCCGAAAUGUCGCCGCCGCCUCAGUACUCGCCCCGCGACAUCGCGCAGCUCAUUUCGCCUUCGCAGGCCUCGUCGCAGACGCACGAGCCCCAGGGCUUCAGGGCCAUCGAAGCUCCUCCUGCCAGAAGCACCUACUCUCAGUCUGAGUUCCGCCCUUCGCUGACUCGCAGUGUCACUUCGAAGAACCCCCGCGCCAGCACCAUCUACGAGGGUACGGAGUACGUCCCCCGGGGCGGUGGCGGCAGUGUCUACAUGGACGAGAACGGCCGUCGAGCUUCAGAGGGCAGCGUCUACACCUCGGCCUCGAAGGAAAUGCCUCUGCGGGCGAUUGAGUAUCCGCCACCGCUUGAUUCGCGCGGCUAUGCCAGCACUUUUAUCAGCAGCUUCCCCGAUCGCUCGCGGGCAAUGGAUAACGGCAGCGUUUACUCCUCGUCCACCAUCAAGCCAUCGAAGGCCAACUAUCAGGACCACCACUCCUCCCACCACAGCACUCACCGGUCAUCACACCACUCCUCUCGCCACUCGGUGACGAGAUCGCACUCUGGCAGCGCCGCCUCUUCCGUCCGCAGCGCCCGUCAUGCUCCCGAGGGCUCCGUCGCAUCUUACCGCAGCGAUGCCAAGUCGAAGAUGACGGCCCGCGAUGUGCCCCUUCCCGGCAGCGUCAUCGAUGGCUGCGACGUGAACACCCAGGUCACCCCCGACGAUUCCAUCAGCCAGGUGGACAACUCGGAGCGACGAUCCUCCUACUCUCACGCCUCCCACCGAUCCCAUGCGUCCAAACCGGCCUCCCGCGUUUCCUCCAAACAUUCGAGUAAAUUCGACGAGCCCGUCCGACCCAGUGACAGCGUCAGUCAGGUCUCCAGCCACGCCCCUAGUCAAGCCUCCAAGGCUUCGCAGCGAACGAUCAAGGCUGGCGGUGGCAGCAUAGCGGGGGGUUCCAAGGCCGGGUCGAAGAUCAGUCCCAGCCGUCGGGGGAGUCAGGUGGCCUAG